AGGUUGGAGGAUGAAAUAUUCAAAAAUCGUUGAUUAGAAAUUCCGACAACAUCUCGUAAGGAUGAGGAAGCUAAAGAAAAUGGUUAAAUGUUUAUUUUUGAUUGCAGCUGCGUUGCUAUCUCUUGAAGUCGUCACAAUCAUCAUCGACGGGAGAGGCUUAUUAAUAAACACUUCCCAACAUGAACAAUCAAGAACUGGAGGCUUAAUCUACAGAAACAAUCAAGUGGAUCUAAGUGAAACUAAUGUUCUUAUAGAACGAAUGCCUCAGAAAGAGUUGGCAGUGAAAGAAGAUCUUGUGGUUGGAGAUGAUAACUCAUUGCCCAAACAUGGGACCAACAAAAUUGAUAAAGAGUUAUUGCCACAUGAUAAAUCAAGUGAUGAAAAAUCAAACAUUCGAGAUAUUAGGGUUAAUAGGAUUGAUAAAGAGCAAACAAUUCAAAAAGACGUUACAGAUCCUAACUUAGUUUUAAAUGAAAAUAGUGCAUCCAAUGAAAAUAACAUUCACCAGAAAGAUGCAUCUCAAAAAGGCUUGUCUGUUCUUAUCAAAGAAUCAAAGGACAUAUUUGAUCUUCUUCCGGAAAAAUAUCUUCCUGAUUACAAAAGUUUCUGUUGGUAUAAUAAGGAUGAGUUUAAAUGUUUGGCAUCGGUUUACAUCGCUGGUAUGCCUAAGUGUGGUACAACUGAUCUGUUCGUGAAGAUGAUGAGACAUCCUCAGCUAACUUAUCAAACUCAUGCUGAUGGAGAUCCUCCCAAGGAGUAUCAUUACUGGGCACGGAGUCGAGUAGCAAGAAAUAAGUGGUUGUUUGCUGACCCUAAGCGUCGAUCACAUAAGGAAUUAUUUUCUAAGUUUUUGAAGGGAACUGGAGCUGAGAGAGUGAAGACAAAUUUAAAAAUUCAAAUCGUGGAUGGAACACCAUCUUUGUUGUGGGACUUAGCGGGAUGGGAUAGAAGAUACCCGAAGGCAGAUGAACCACCAUAUUCGAAUGGAGACCUAAUUCACUCUGUCACGCCAGAUGCAAAAAUAAUUGGAAUAUUAAGAGAUCCAAUUGACCGAUUGUACUCUGAGUAUCUCUAUUUCUGGCUUAAAAAAUCGGAGGUUCGUACUCCUGAAACAUUUCACACUGAAGUGGUUAAAGAAGUUUUAUUUUUUAAUUCAUGUCUGACAUCAAAUAAACUUAGGUCAUGCUGUUAUCCCUCACGUGCUAUGAACACUGUUAAAAUACGACUUGAGCUAGGGAUUUAUGUGUGCUUCGUCCAGGACUUUCUGGAAGCAUUUGGAACCAAUCUAUUGAUAUUAACUCUAGAAGAAUAUCAUUUACACCCAGUCGAUAUUCUUACUACAGUAUUUAAUCACAUUGAGGUGUCGGUCCCAGAGGAUUUGCAGAAAUUUAUUGAAGAUUCAAAAACUGGAAAUACUAACACUGGACUGAAAAAUGAGGUUGGGGAUAUAUUACCUAAAACUAAGCAGAUACUGAGUGAUUUCUAUGGUCCUUAUAAUUCUCAGCUGGCAUUGUUACUGCAAAAUUCAAAAUAUUUAUUCAAUUCUUAAAUGAUGAUAUAUUACCAAAUAC